AGAGAGGCGAAUGACCCUGAGAGGUUGCCGUACUCAGAGAAGACGUCCUGCGUGCGCAGGCGCUCAGCGCUGAGGCCUGCCGGAAGCCAAGAUGGCGUAUAGGUAAUCGCCAGGCCGCAGUUGGCGCCUUGUCAGUAUCUGAGCUGGGAGUUUGUAAGCGGCUGUGGCGAACGCCCUUUCCGCUGUCAUGGCCAGGCAUCGGAAUGUCCGAGGCUAUAACUACGACGAAGAUUUUGAAGAUGACGAUCUCUAUGGCCAGUCUGCAGAGGAUGAUUAUUGUAUUUCACCAUCAACAGCUCGUCUUUUUUCAUGCCUUGAUCACAUGAGAGAGGUACUUGGAGAUGCUGUGCCAGAUGACAUAUUGAUUGAAGCAGUUCUGAAGAACAAGUUUGAUGUGCAAAAGGCUUUGUCAGUGGUUCUGGAGCAAGAUAAAAUGCAGAAUUUGAAGGUCAAGAGUGAGGGAGCAAUAUCUACAGGAAAGAUAGCAAAAGGAAAAUCAAUAGAUUCCCAGUCAUCUCGAAGUGAAUCUGAAAUUGUGCCAAAAGUUGCUAAAAUGACUGUAUCUGGAAAGAAGCAAACUAUGGGAUUUGAAGUGCCUGGACUAACUGCUGAAGAAAAUGGUCAUAUUUUCCACACACCUCAAAAAGGACAUUGUAGUGAAGAUACCGGCCUUGUUUCUUCUGAUGUACUUGAGACCGCUUCUAAAUCAGCCCUUCCAUCCCACACCAUUCAAGCAUCAGAAGAGCAGAGUUCAACACCAACACCAGUGAAAAAGUCUAGCAAGCUGAGGCAACAAAUAGAUAUCAAAGCGGAGCUGGAAAAGCGGCAAGGAGGGAAGCAACUCCUCAACCUAGUGGUCAUUGGUCAUGUUGAUGCUGGGAAAAGUACUCUGAUGGGCCAUUUGCUUUAUCUUCUGGGUAAUGUAAACAAAAGAACUAUGCAUAAGUAUGAACAAGAGUCUAAAAAGGCUGGCAAAUCUUCGUUUGCAUAUGCAUGGGUCUUGGAUGAGACUGGCGAAGAAAGGGAAAGGGGAGUAACAAUGGAUGUUGGUAUGACAAAGUUUGAGACCAAAACCAAAGUUAUUAUAUUAAUGGAUGCUCCAGGCCAUAAGGAUUUCAUUCCAAAUAUGAUUACAGGAGCAGCCCAGGCAGAUGUAGCAGUUUUAGUUGUAGAUGCCAGCAGGGGAGAGUUUGAAGCUGGAUUUGAGACUGGGGGACAAACACGAGAACAUGGCCUCUUGGUUCGUUCUCUGGGAGUGACCCAGCUCGCAGUUGCAGUCAAUAAAAUGGAUCAGGUUAAUUGGCAACAAGAAAGGUUUCAAGAGAUUACUGGAAAACUUGGGCACUUUCUUAAGCAAGCAGGUUUUAAGGAAAGUGAUGUAGCUUUUAUCCCUACAAGUGGUCUCAGUGGUGAAAAUCUAAUCACAAGAUCUCAGUCAAGUGAACUUACAAAAUGGUAUAAAGGACUAUGUUUAUUAGAACAAAUUGAUUCCUUCAAGCCUCCUCGAAGAUCUGUUGACAAGCCUUUCAGAUUAUGUGUAUCUGAUGUUUUCAAAGAUCAAGGAUCUGGAUUUUGUGUAACUGGUAAAAUUGAAGCUGGUUAUAUCCAAACUGGUGACAGACUACUAGCAAUGCCUCCUAAUGAAACUUGUACUGCAAAAGGAAUCACUCUGCAUGAUGAACCUGUCGACUGGGCAGCAGCAGGCGAUCACGUUAGUCUUACGUUGGUUGGGAUGGAUGUCAUCAAAAUCAAUGUUGGCUGCAUAUUUUGUGGCCCCAAAGAACCCAUUAAGGUUUGCACUCGUUUCAGAGCCCGAAUCCUCAUCUUUAAUAUUGAAAUUCCUAUCACUAAAGGAUUUCCUGUGCUGUUACACUACCAAACCGUCAGUGAACCUGCCAUUGUUAAACGAUUGAUUAGCGUCUUAAACAAAAGCACUGGUGAAGUCACAAAGAAAAAGCCUAAAUUGUUGACCAAAGGCCAGAAUGCAUUGGUGGAGCUACAGACACAAAGACCAGUGGCUCUUGAGCUGUACAAAGACUUUAAAGAGCUGGGGAGAUUCAUGCUGCGCUACAGUGGUUCUACCAUAGCUGCUGGUGUAGUCACCGAGAUAAAAGACUGAUGGGUCAGAAUUUCUACCAUGUUUCUAAACACAGUGAGAUAGUUAACCUCCAUGUUUUGAAAGAAUCCAGUUAUUCAGUUAAAGCAACAAUGUGCAAUUGAUAUUUUUUUAAAUGAGAGAGAAAAUUCAAGCUAUGAUCAGCUGCAAAGAAGUAUCAUUCACCACUCCUACAAAAAUUUUAAGUUGCCAACUGGCAAAGAAAGGCUAAUAUUGCACUUUCAUUUAAAAAACUAGCUUUUCCUUUGAAAUGUUACUAAUGGAUUUACCUUGCUGAGACUUACGGAAGUUAUCAGAAAUAUGUGUUAGAAGACAUUGAAUCAUCAUGACGUGAACUCUACUUCCAGCCAAACCACCAAAUGUUUUCAGUUUUCUCUUUUGAUUUCAACUUACAACACACAUUUUUAAGAAAGAAUAACUAAAAUGGGUUAUUGAGGUAGUUAAUAUUUGACCUGAGCAGUUUUUUAGUUAACUGUAAGAAAAGAUUUGUUGAAGGUUAAUAAAGGUAUUUUGUGUUGAGCAGUGAGUGUUCUUCCUUCAACAAACAACCAUUUGGAACUGCUUAGUUUGCAGUUAUUGGAAAUUGUUCCUUUGUUAACCAAGAUAUUAUUUAAGGUGUAAAGCUAGCUAAUAAAAUGCCUUAGUUUGAGCAUAACAACAAAAUGUGUUGUGUUUCUUCGAUGUUUAUGAGAUUCUAAGUAGGACUUGGGUUUUAUGGGAUCUUUUUCACCUGAGGGUUUCCCCACUCUUUCACGUGAAUUCUUGCUUUUUAUCCUAAUAGCAGAUCAAAUUUAAUCUCAUCCAUUUCUAACCAUAACUUAAUUUUAUUUUUCCCAUUCUCACUUUUAUAAUUACAUGUAUGAUGACUUUAUCUCGUAUUCCUUGUAGAUUGUAAGUCCCCAUGAGUAAGAGUCAUGUUUUUCUUUAAAGUUUCAACAAACUCCAAGGUAUAUUUAGUUAACAGGUAUUUGUUGAGCUCCCUCCUGGGUACCAUUGCUUUCGAGUGGAUUUUGUCCUCAGCUGA